UCAGUUUGUUGAUAGCGUCAAUGCUAUCAUAACUGAUGCUGCUGGGCUGCUUGUUAACGUCGCUACUACCGCUAACCCCAGGAUCUCGUUCGUGCGAUAAACAGUUAACCCGUAAUGAUACUGGAAACUGGCAGAAACUCUUAGCUAUAACGUUAACAUUGUCAGCAAUGGCUAUCGUGUUAGCAAUGAAUGCUAUCCAAAUUAAGAUACAGUACGUCAUCUCCCUGCAGGAGUACUCAGGUCAACGGUAACCUUGGGGUCCUCAUCUGUGUCCCCCCUGCCGUGUUCAUCAAACGCAACACAGAUUUCAAUUAUAUCUUCGAAGAAUGAUCGGUUCUCUCCAAAAUAUGGGAUAGGGUUAUGUGACCAGCAUCAUCCGGCCACACAAUGCAUAACGAGGAGAGCAAGACGUGCCAAGGAGCGAAGCUUGCCUCUGCUGUAGAUGACACUCUGGAUGAAUAUUUAAUCGCCCUCCAGCACAAAAACAGGAUCCUUAAGCGCCUUAAAGUCAAAGACCCCAGGGAGAUUGAGUUGGAACGGCUUGAGCAAGGUUUUUCCAUUUAUCUUAACGGAGCCAAUGCUGAAGCCAGUAGGAAGCAGCCCAGGGCCUCCAGCCACAAGUCUGUCACCUCCCCACCUGCUUGGAGGCCUGCUCAUACAGCAGAUGUCUGUAGAAGUGCUCACCAGUUAACUGAAGAUACCCGUAAUCUGGAGCAGACCCACAGGACGAGGAGCCACACUGCCCCAGGAAAGGUCCAGAGGAAAGAAUGGGUGCAGAAUGCCGUCAAAAUACGAACAGAGGAAGGACCAAGUUUGCAGAUAUCUCCAGAAAAGUGCUACUCUGAGGAUUUUGAGCCCUAUGAAAGUGUAGACAUGGAGAGCUCCAGUCCGCGCUGUCCUCGCAGUCCAUGCUCCCCGAGGGAUACAUGCAAGGUGUCGCGCUCCUUCAGCUCCAGGCCUGAGAGCCAAGCAAGCCAGGAGCACAGUGAGAAGGUGCUUCUCAACCUCGAGGAAGUGAAGGUUCUGCGUCGGAGCCUCGAAGUUAGCAUGCGGCGGAGCAACCGCGGCUCCGCGGGGGAGGAGUCAGACGAAGAGUGGGUAGAGGAGCAGAUUGAGAGGGAGGAGAGCACUGAGAGUCUGGACGAACUGGGGCUGCCUCUUUCAUCCUCCAAGUCCUCCUCUAACCCUCGACCCAGCAGCUCCCACAGCCAUUUUGACUCAGCAAACCUCAUUGUCCUGGACUUUGGACCUUCACCAAAAGGUCGUAAGAUUGAACGUUCUCUGUCUGCAAAAAGGAAAGAAAACAUUGACACCUUUAUACCCACCAAGCCUAUGUUGGUUAAGAGCAAGACAUUAGAUAGGCCACCUUCAGAAGAGAGCUGGGAUAGUCAAAGGCCAAGAAGUCGAGUGGAAAGGCCCCUGUCAGCAGCCAGAAAGGCUUCUUUUGAGGAGCGAGACCCAGAGGAGAUGGCGUGCAGGGUGCGCCAGGCCAUCCAGAGAGAAAAUGACCCCGUGCAGAGUCCUGAGCUCUUCAGUCGCAGCAUGGGCAGGGCACACCAGAUAAUAAAUGGCUUAGUGCACCACAACUCCCACGACAAGAAUGAGAGCAGUGUCUCUUUGGCCAUGCAGAGAAUCACUCUUAUGGGCCCCAGGCAACAACAGAAACUGCUGACAGCCUUGGAGAAGCUUGAAACUGGACCCAGCUACAACAUUCCUCAGGGUGUCAAAACAGACUAUAGCAAGCAGCCGAGAAGGCAGUCCUCUGCAGAGGUCACCCCUGCAUUGUAUGUUACCAUGGAGAUCCUGUCAAACUGGGGGAACGCUUUGCAGGUCGGGCUGACUGAGUUGCAGUUCUUCUGCCUCAGAAACAAGAAGGUGUAUGUGUCGCCUCACGACCUAGACAUCAGGAACGCUGACUACCCCGGGAAUCUGGGGGCGCUUGUCAAUGGAAAGGUGAAGACCACCAAAGAGCGUCACAUGUGGACGUGUCCAUUCCACCCUCCGAUCCAGCUCUAUUUCAUCAUCAGGAACACGGAGCACUCCCCAGACUUUGGAAUAUCCCGCAUCAAAAUCUGGAACUACAACAGAAGCAUCAAUGAGCUUGACAUUGGUGCGCGGCAUAUUAAGCUGUACCUCAACAGCACGUUGGUGUUUGAAGGUCAGCUGGAUAAGGGCUGCGGCAACCAGGUCUUUGACUACAGCACCACGAUUGAUCUCCAGGAUUUCCAGGUCUCAGACUCCUUGUUUUCCAGCCCUGUGUCUUCAGGACACAAUCUGUGGGGUGUCAGCCCCCAACGCCAUGAGGACAGAAAUGGUGGUGAGGCCAGCAGCAGCCAGCGACACCACAGUUUGAAUCUGCAGCCAUCACAAGCGGUAGGCCAGGCUAUGAUAGACAUGCAGGAGAAAUCACGUACACUAUUACCACCGAUCACUCCUUCGUCAGUGGGGGUUUCAUCCUCCACUCGCCGCUCCUCCACACAAAGAAACUCUAUUGACCUGUCUGCCUCAGAGGAGCCCCUCUCUCUCAGACAGCAGGUGGCGCAGCCAGUACCCAUUGAGCAGACUGUCACCACGCAGCCGUCCUCCUCACGGGUGGCCCCCCAGUGGCUGCAGCCCCUGAACAGAGGAGCUCCAGAGGGCUGUGAGACCAGCAGGGAGAGGCCCAGAUGGCUGGUGCCUCAGCACUCGGGAGAGCCCAAAUCACCAUCGGCUUCAUCUUCUUCAAUGCUCCCGGAGCUUCCUUGUAACCCGGGUCGGGUGUGCAGAGGGAUGGAGAGGACAGUGAACGGGGCUCAGUGGAAGGCUGACUCUCUGGACCUGAGCUGCGACCUGCUGGAGGAACUUGGGGAGCAAAAGCCAGACAGGCCCUUCAGCGGACGCAGGAGCUCAUUCCGAAACACUGCAGUUACUACCCGGCAGACAGAGGAGCAGCACUUAAGAGCUACAGCACUGUCAAACACAGAGGAGCCACUGUCAUUGGUGAACGCUAGCAGGUGCCAAUUCUCAUCUCGGGCCCAGCUGCACAGUCAGCAGGAUGACACCCUCAUGGAGUCCUGGGACUCCCUUAUUAAGUUCAACCAAUGCCAGCGUGGACGCAUCUCCAACAUGGGCUUAGAAGGUGACAUCUUUGAUGAGUUUCUUCAGCGCCAGGGCCGUGGUCCACCCACUGUCCCAGUCAACCCCUCCAUAGCACCCAGGAGUCCCCUUUCCUCCUUGACCGCUCAGGGGGCUAUGUGCGAAGGCCCUGAUGAUGAUCCAUCCAUGGAGCGCGAUGAUGAGUUUGAAAUCCCAGUGCUGCCACAGGGCCAAAGGCUGGUCAUCAACAUCCUCUCCACCUGGGGUGAUCGCCACUAUGUCGGCCUCAAUGCCCUGGAGGUAUUUAGCUCUAGCGGAGAGCCUCUUCGACCCGCUCACAUCCGUGCUGAUCCUCCAGACAUCAACAUUCUCCCUGCAUAUGGUAAAGAUCCACGUGUUGUUACCAACUUGAUCGAUGGCGUUAAUCGUACACAGGAUGACAUGCAUCUUUGGCUUGCCCCGUUCACUCCUGGUCAUAGCCACACCAUCUUCCUGGACUUUGGAGCUCCUUACCAAGUGGCCAUGAUCCGUGUGUGGAACUACAACAAGUCACGCAUCCACUCUUUCCGAGGGGUGAAAGAGGUGGAAAUGCUCCUGGAUGGCAGGUGCAUCUUCAGGGGAGAGAUUGCCAAGGCUUCAGGGACCCUGUCUGGAGGGCUGGACCAGUUUGGGGACACUAUUCUGUUCACCACUGAUGAUGACAUCCUGGAGGCUAUGUCUCGUUAUGAUGAGACCUUCCUUGGCGAAGGUGAGGGUCCCGAGAGCUUGGUGUAUGAGGAGGAGCUGCAGAGACCACGCACCGCUGAUGGCGAGGGAGAGGAAAGACCCUUCACACAGGCUGGUUUCCGAGAAGAAGACCUCACUUUGAAACUCCACCUCAAUCCCACUGUGAGCCAGUCUGAGGAGAACUUGGAACAUAUUCCAGGGAUGUUCACUGGAAAGUGCCUUAGAAUAGAGCUCUCGCUGACUUGGGGUGACUCCCACUACAUGGGCCUGACUGGACUGGAGGUGGUGGGGAAAGAUGGAGAGAGUUUACCUUUAGACCUCAGUAUGAUGGCUGCCUCACCCAGGGACCUCAACGACCUGCCUGAAUACGGACAUGACCUGCGCACACUUGAUAAGCUUAUCGAUGGCCACAACAUUACAACUGAUGACCAGCACAUGUGGCUGAUCCCUUUCUCCUAUGGAGAUCCCCACACCCUGAACACUACCUUCAACACGGCCCAGACCAUCGCUGGACUCCGUAUCUGGAACUACAACAAGUCUCCUGAGGACUCUUACAGAGGGGUGAAGGUGAUCCAUGUGUUCAUGGACGGUGUUGCGAUCUCCCCAGCGGAGGGAUUCCUGAUCAGAAAAGGGCCGGGCAACUGUCACUUUGACUUUGCACAGGAGAUCCUCUUCAUUGACUUCCUCCAGACGCCCACAGACAACAAGAGUGCUGCAGACUUCCAUAAAGGAAGUUCUAAGAAACAAGAGCAGGCCAGCAUGGACUAUGAAGCUCCCAUUAUGCCUUGUGGCUUCAUUUUUCAGCUGCAGCUGUUAACAACCUGGGGAGAUCCAUACUACAUAGGUCUCAACGGCCUCGAAUUUUACGACCAGAACCACGAGAAGAUCAGUCUCAGUGACAACAACAUCGCUGCUUUCCCAGACAGUGUGAAUAUACUGGACAAUGUGAGUGGUGAUGUGAGGACUCCAGAUAAAUUGAUAGAUGGAGUCAACAGUACCCACGAUGGAAGACAUAUGUGGUUAGCCCCGGUGCUCCCUGGACUGGUGAACCGUGUGUACGUCAUCUUUGAUCAGCCAGUGACGGUGUCCAUGAUCAAGUUGUGGAAUUACUCUAAGACACCACAGAGAGGAGUGAAGGAGUUUGGGCUGCUUGUGGACGACCUCCUGGUGUACAACGGCAUCUUGGACAGUGUGAGCCACUCGGCACGAGGCAUUCUGCCUACCUGUGAUCCAGUGGUGCCCUACCACACCAUCCUCUUCACAGACAAUGCCUACGUUGCACACCGUGAGAGAAACACUGUUAUCAGUAAUUAUGUGGAGGAUCAGGAUGUGAAGAUGACCAAUGAGAAUCAGAUAGUCCAUCACAGCAAGAAGAAGCAGACAGCAGAUCCGGCUCUUCGACCAAAGACCUGCAUGACUGAGGGUGGGAAACAUGGAAAGAGGAGGUACUGACUGACAAAUGAACAUACUGACCCGGAUUCAGUGUUUACACAAAGUGAGCAAAACUGAAGGGGGCGGUGUGUUUAUGGCUGACUUUUUAAACCCACUUUCUGAUGGAUGACUUUUUAAAAAACCUCCCUUACUUUAAGACCCAAAAAGCCAUGGUUUGACA